CCGCCCGCAGCAACCGCGGGGCCCGCAGGCGGCGGUGGCCGCCCCCCACCCCCGCCCCCCCCCCCCUCCCCCCGGACCCCCCCCCUCCUCCUCCAACCUCCCCUUUACCCCCCCCCCCCUUCCCCAAAGCUCGCACCAUGCGCAGCGCCCGGGCGCUGCUGCUCGCCCUCGCCCUGCGGGUCUGCGCCCUGGACACCGAGACGCCCUCCGCGGGCUGCACCUUCGAGGAGGACGACGACCUGACCCAGUGCGAGUACAGCCAGGGCGAGGAUGAUGACUUCGGGUGGGAGCUGGUCCGCAGCUACAUGAUGCCGCACCUGACGGCUGACCUGCCCCACGGCUCCUACCUGAUGGUGAACGCCUCGCAGCACGCCGCGGGCCAGCGGGCUCACCUGCUCUUCCAGGCGCUGAGCGAGAACGACACCCACUGCCUGCAGUUCAGCUACUUCAUGUACAGCCGUGACGGCCACAGCCCCGGCACCCUCAGCGCCUACGUGCGGGUGACGGGGGGCCCGGUGGGCAGCGCCGUCUGGAACGCCUCCGGCUCCCACGGCCGCCAGUGGCACCAAGCGGAGCUGGCAGUCAGCUUGUUCUGGCCCAACGAGUACCAGGUCCUAUUCGAGGCGGUGAUUUCCAGCGAGCGCCGCGGCUAUCUCGGCUUGGAUGACAUCUUGCUCUUGAAUUAUCCGUGCUCCAAAGCCCCCCACUUCUCCCGCCUGGGCGACGUGGAGGUGAACGCGGGGCAGAAUGCCACCUUCCAGUGUGUGGCCGCCGGCAAGGCCGCCGAGGCGGAGCGGUUCCUGAUGCAGAGGCAGAGCGGCGAGGUGGUCCCCGCUGCCUCCGUGAAGCACAUCAGCCACCGGCGCUUCCUGGCCACCUUCCAGCUGGACGAGGUGUCCAAGGGCGAGCAGGACCUGUACCGCUGCGUCACCCAGUCCAGCCGCGGCGCCGGCGUCUCCAACUUCGCCGAGCUCAUCGUGAAAGAGCCCCCCACACCCAUCGCGCCCCCCCAGCUGCUGCGGGCCGGCUCCACCUACCUCAUCAUCCAGCUCAACACCAACUCCAUCAUCGGCGACGGCCCCAUCGUGCGCAAGGAAAUCGAGUACCGCAUGACUUCGGGGCCCUGGUCGGAGGUGCAUGCCGUCAACAUGCAGACUUACAAGCUGUGGCACCUGGAUCCCGACACGGAGUACGAGAUCAGCGUCCUGCUCACGCGCCCUGGCGAGGGGGGCACCGGCAAGCCGGGACCCCCGCUCAUCAGCCGCACCAAGUGCGCAGAGCCUAUGAGGGCCCCCAAGGGCUUGGCCUUCUCCGAAAUCCAGUCGAGGCAGCUGACGCUGCAGUGGGAGCCGCUGGGCUACAACCUGACCCGCUGCCACACCUACACCGUCUCGCUGUGCUACCGCUACCUGGUGGGCAGCGGCCACAACCAGACCUUCCGUGAGUGCGCGAAGAUGGAGCGCAACGCCAACCGCUACACCAUCAAAAACCUGCUGCCCUACAAGAACAUCCACGUCAAGCUCAUCCUCUCCAACCCCGAGGGCCGCAAGGAGGGCAAGGAGGUGACCUUCCAGACGGAUGAGGACGUGCCCGGUGGCAUCGCCUCAGAGUCUCUCACCUUCACCCCGCUGGAGGACAUGAUAUUUCUGAAGUGGGAGGAACCGGUGGAGCCCAACGGCCUCAUCACGCAGUACGAGAUCAGCUACCAGAGCAUCGAGUCCUCCGACCCGGCGGUCAACGUGCCCGGCCCGCGGCGCACGGUCUCCAAGCUGCGCAACGAGACCUACCACGUCUUCUCCAACCUGCACCCCGGCACCACCUACCUCUUCUCGGUGCGCGCCCGCACGGGCAAGGGCUUUGGGCAGACGGCGCUCACCGAGAUCACCACCAACAUAUCCGCUCCCACCUUCGACUACGGGGACAUGCCGUCGCCGCUGGGCGAGUCGGAGAGCACGAUCACGGUGCUGCUGCGGCCGGCGCAGGGCAGGGGGGCGCCCAUCAGCACCUACCAGGUCAUCGUGGAAGAGGACCGGCCCAAGAAGAUCAAGCGGGAGCUGGGCGGCCAGGAGUGCUUCCCGGUGCCGCUGACGUUCGAUGACGCCGUGUCCCGCGGCUCCGUGCACUAUUUCGGGGCCGAGCUGCCCGCCAGCAGCCUCACCGAAGCCAAACCCUUCACCGUGGGGGACAACCAGACCUACAGCGGCUACUGGAACCCGCCGCUGGAGCCCAAGAAGGCGUAUCUCAUCUACUUCCAGGCCAUGAGCAACCUCAAAGGGGAAACCCGGCUGAACUGCAUCCGCAUCGCCCGCAAAGCUGCCUGCAAAGAGAGCAAGCGGCCGCUGGAGGUGUCGCAGCACUCGGAGGAGAUGGGGCUGAUCCUGGGGAUCUGUGCCGGCGGGCUCGUCGUCCUCAUUAUCCUCCUGGGAGCCAUCAUCGUCGUCAUCCGGAAAGGCAAACCCGUCAACAUGACCAAAGCGACCAUCAAUUACCGCCACGAGAAGACGCACAUGAUGAGCGCCAUCGACCGGAGCUUCACGGACCAGAGCACGCUGCAGGAGGAUGAGAGGCUGGGGCUGUCUUUCAUGGACACCCACAACUACAGCAACCGGGGCGACCAGCGCAGCAGCGUGGUCAACGAGUCCAGCAGCCUGCUCGGGGGCUCCCCCCGCCGCCAGUGUGGCCGCAAAGGGUCCCCGUACCACACCGGGCAGCUGCAUCCCGCUGUGCGCGUGGCCGACCUCCUCCAGCACAUCAACCAGAUGAAGACGGCCGAAGGCUAUGGCUUCAAGCAGGAGUACGAGAGUUUCUUUGAAGGCUGGGAUGCUUCGAAGAAGAAAGACAAAACCAAAGGGAGACAGGACCAUGUGUCGACAUACGACCGCCACCGUGUGAAGCUCCAUCCGCUGCUGGGCGAUCCCAACUCGGAUUACAUCAACGCCAACUACAUCGAUGGUUACCACAGGUCCAACCACUUCAUAGCCACCCAAGGUCCCAAGCAGGAGAUGGUGUACGACUUCUGGCGCAUGGUGUGGCAGGAGCACUGUUCCAGCAUCGUGAUGAUAACCAAGCUGGUGGAGGUGGGCCGGGUGAAAUGCUCCAAAUACUGGCCGGAUGACUCCGAGAUGUAUGGGGACAUCAAGAUCACCUUGGUGCAGUCGGAGACGCUGGCAGAGUACGCCGUGCGCACCUUUGCUCUCGAGAGGCGAGGUUACUCGGCCCGGCACGAGGUGAAGCAGUUCCACUUCACGUCCUGGCCCGAGCACGGCGUCCCCUACCAUGCCACGGGGCUGCUGGCCUUCAUCCGCCGCGUGAAGGCGUCCACGCCGCCUGACGCCGGCCCCAUCGUCAUCCACUGCAGCGCUGGCACGGGGAGGACCGGCUGCUACAUCGUCCUGGACGUCAUGUUGGACAUGGCCGAGUGUGAGGGCGUCGUGGACAUCUACAACUGUGUGAAGACGCUGUGCUCGCGGAGGAUCAACAUGAUACAGACGGAGGAGCAGUACGUCUUCAUCCACGAUGCCAUCCUGGAAGCCUGCCUGUGCGGGGAGACCAGCAUCCCCGCCAGCGAGUUCAAGCCCACCUACAAGGAGAUGGUGAGGAUAGAGCCACAGAGCAACUCCUCGCAGCUGCGGGAGGAGUUCCAGACCCUGAACUCUGUCACUCCCCACCUGGACGUGGAGGAGUGCAGCAUCGCCCUCUUGCCCCGCAACCGGGAGAGGAACCGCAGCAUGGACGUCCUGCCGCCCGACCGAUGCCUUCCCUUCCUCAUCUCCGUGGACGGAGACAGCAACAACUACAUCAACGCAGCCUUAACCGAUAGCUACACCAAGAGCGCUGCCUUCAUUGUCACCCUGCACCCGCUGCAGAACACUAUGACUGACUUCUGGCGGCUGGUGUACGACUACGGCUGCACCUCCAUCGUCAUGCUCAACCAGCUCAACCAGUCCAACUCCGCCUGGCCCUGCCUGCAGUACUGGCCCGAGCCCGGGCUCCAGCACUACGGCCCCAUGGAGGUGGAGUACGUUUCGGGAGCGGCGGAUGAGGACAUCGUGUCCCGACUCUUCCGAGUACAGAACAUCACGCGGUUGCAGGAGGGGCACCUGAUGGUCCGGCAUUUCCAGUACCUGCGGUGGUCGGCGUACCGAGAGACCCCGGACUCCAAGAAGUCCUUCCUGCACCUCCUGGCCCAAGUGGAGAGAUGGCAGAAGGAGAGUGGCGAUGGCAGGACCGUGGUGCACUGCUUGAACGGGGGCGGCCGGAGCGGCACCUACUGUGCCUCCACCAUGAUCCUGGAGAUGCUCAAGUGUCACAACAUGGCGGAUGUCUUCUACGCCGCAAAGACCCUCCGCAACUACAAGCCAAACAUGGUGGAGACCUUGGAGCAGUAUCAUUUCUGCUACGACAUAGCACUGGAAUACCUGGAGUCGCUGGAGACCAGAUAGCACCUCGCCAGGAGGGCGAAGGCAGGGGGCUGCGUAGGGUUUGUGCCAAACGCGCAGUUUUGUGCUCAGACGUUGCAUUAGUGCUGAAGGCAAGGAGGGGAAAAAACAGCAGCGGAGCAGAUGCAAACACAAAUUGAGAGCAACAAAAGGAUGUGGGGAUGCGUUGGCCGUUCUCCAUCUUCAUCCUCUGCUUUCCAACUCCCCUCCCCUUGCUCCAAGCUCGUCUGGGUGGUCGUGGGUCGCUGCCACAGCUCGUCUUGUCCCGUCCCUGCGGUGGCGUGGGGUUGGUGAGCCUGAGAAGUUGCCCCGGAGUGCUGCCUGGUCCUGCUUGGACACAUCUGGAAUAGCCGGAGAAGACCCCAAGGAGGGGAGGAAGAGGACAGAAGGAUGUGAGCCUGUUUCCCAGCAGGGCAGGAUAGAUAUUUGGGGAAGAGACGUUGUUUUUAAAUCGUAUGUGGAGUCAAAGCUGCUCUUUGAGGAGCCCUGAUGGCUACCGGUUGGUUUUGCCCUUUGUGGGGACCUUUUGUGCUCUGUGCUGGAGCAAAGCCCCUAAAGGCAGCUCGUGGAUUUCUGCCCGCUCGCCACGAGCCUGGUUUCCACUGUCGUAUUUCUGUGAGCUGCGCCCCUUCGUGCAUCCAGCGCUGGACAGAGCAGGGAUGUGGGAUGGGAGGCAGGGGACAAAAAGUGUCCCUCUGUGGGGACCGGCCUGGAGCCUUCCCGGUGUCCUUGCAGAGCUUCAGAAGUGAUGUUUCCCCUGUGGCUUGUCUGUCUCCAUGCAGUUAUCUCCAUCCAUAUCAAUUAUCCCCUCCUGGGGGGCUCUGAGUGCUGGUGACAAAUUCCUGUUGCCACCCAGGCAAAUGGCUGGGGCUGGGGCUGAGGGCAUCUGAUGCUUUUUGGCUUCAUCCUGCUACAGGCAGGCGUGAGAUGUCAUUUCUGCUGUCCGAUGUUGUAAUAAUUGCAGGGUUUCCUGCUUACUGGGGGAAGCCAGGUUGUCCUGGGGCUUGGGGAGCCAGCUGUGGUCAGGGAUUUCUCUCUGCAUGUGGCCCCACAAAGGUGCAGUGAAGAGGUACAGGUCUGGGGGCUGCCUCAGAGACUUGACGAACUGGGGAUCUUGCUUGUCUCAACGCAGGCAAGACCCUUGACAGUCAUUUUUGGUGGGUAGACAAGAGCAAAUGAGAAACCGGCCUCCAUGUGCUGGAGGUUGCCUGUGGGCACCCGCAUCCUUCAUCCUCCAGCCCCACCUGCCCUGGACAGCAGACCCUUUCCAGCCCUGGUGCAUUCGCACCCCGACCAUGAUCCAAAGCCCAGGCAGAUGCUAUUUGGCCGGACCACUCAACAACGUGAAGGUCUCAGAGCCAAAGGGGAUUCACCCCAGCUGAGCAAAACCCAGAGAAACUUCCACCUGCUUUCCAAAGGCAGAGGGACAUGAGAUGAAUCUCUCCACCUUGGAGGAUUUAUGCUUGGGGAGCCAACACUUGCUACUCGGUGCUUAGCUGGGAAUAAGCUGCACUGCCCUGAGCUGGAUCCUGCGCCUCCUUCGAGGGGACUGCAGUGGCACCGGAGCAUGUCCGUGGGUUUUGCCCGGAUCCUUGACUUUCCCGUGCUCCCGCUGCCUAAUUCGCACGGCUUGACAAUACCUGAUCCAAGGGCUAUACAACGUGUUCCCUUUCGUUUCCAUCCGUGCUGUGUGCCAGUGCUGUUUUGUGACCAAAUAGUCUCCUUACCCCGACACGGGCUGGUUGUGGCAGGACUUUGGGUAAUGCUGGUACUCGUAUGGAGCAAGUUGGUGUCCUCGUCCCAUCCCCUUCUCGCGAGAAGGGUGCUGCGUUGGGUGCUGCUCGCAGCUGACCUGUGGCCAGAAAAACAGGAGAAAAAAAAAAGAAAAAAAGGAAAAUUUGAACUCCCCUUUAGUCCCGAUAAGGUAGAGGCUGGUGGAGUUGUAUAUACGUUUUAAAAGUGAGAUUUUUUUUUUUUCCCUUUUCUCUUUUGAUAUCUCCUUGCUGGAUGUCUCUGGGUUUUUAGGGUAUCUCUUCCAAAGGGCAGACUUUGACAUCAAAGUGCUAUAAAAGCCGACCCAUCUCCAACUCCUGCCGGGAUGCUCACGUGACACAAGGCAAGGACAGCCUGUACAUAGAAAUAUAUAUAGAGAAAUAUAUAUAUAUAAAUAUAAAUACUGUUCUUAAGAUGGAUAAUGUUUAUUGGUAUUACAGGUUGGAGUGGUGCUUUCUUUUUUCAUUUCUAAUAAAAAAAAAAAGAAAAAAACAAAGAAAAAAAUCAGAACCCAAGAAAAACACCGAAUUGGAAUGGUUUUGACUCCCGAAACCUUUGGCAGCAUCCAAGAGCUGUUGCCAAGGGGACUGGUGCCAUGAAGCGGCUCCACCGUGGAGGGGACAUCGGGGGCAGCGUGGUGGGGACUGAGGGUGGCACAGGAGGGACACGUCCAAUGUGGAUUGUACCACACGCAUCCAGCUGUUAUCUGUUUAAUUUUUAUUUUUUUUAAUUAUUAUUUUUGGCUUUCUUUCCUUUUAAGAAAAUCAGUUGCAUAAAUAAAUGUUCCAAAUUCGU